UCUUGUUCAUCAGAAGCUGGUCAAGAUUGGUCUCAAAAUACUCCGAAAGGGCCAAUAAGGCUGUAGAGCGAGUGAGAAAAAACUGCACUUCCAGAAUAUUUUGCUUUUAUUUACAGCAGAGAGCAGCAUGUUGCUGUGAAACAGAAAAUGUCCAUUCCCAUGUCUGAGAAAUUCUGAAUAGAUGGGGCCUGAUGGACUGCAGUUUGCAGGGUAUUGAUGUCAUUUCUAAAGAUCAACGCUGCUUUAGAACUUUCUGUUUGAGGAACAGCAGUUUGGGGAACAAAAACCUCCUCACCAGAAACCCGGACUUAUGUUGGGUGAAAUUCGACAGAUGGUGAUUGCGUUCUUUUUCCUCAUCCAUUUGUGAACCGAGUGUCAUUUGUAGCAUCCUACUCCACCCUGUUUGAGACCAGGUUUACAGAGCGAGAGUAAAGAUGUCUAACAACAGCACAGCCAGCAUAUCACAGGCCAGGAAAGCAGUGGAGCAGCUGAAGAUGGAAGCUUGCAUGGACAGAAUAAAGGUAUCCAAGGCUGCAGCAGAUCUGAUGGCAUAUUGUGACGCCCAUGUCAGGGACGACCCGCUUAUUACCCCAGUGCCUGCCUCCGAGAACCCAUUCAGAGAGAAAAAGUUCUUCUGUGCCAUUCUCUGACAUCUGCGUUGAUCUUCAGAGUAAAAGAGAGAAGCUCUGUGUCCAAGUGCAAACCACGGGCUUUGGAAGUGCUACUAGUGCAUGCAGUAAUUAUUGUUCCAAACCUAGGGAAAAGAACUGUACUGAGUGUUUUACGUUGAUCAUAGUUUUGACAGUUUCUGAGCACAGCCUUGUAUCAGUCGCACAAUCACAGAGAAUUCAAUGGUGGAUUAAUUUUUUUAAACAAACAAAAUAGCUAUUUAGAUGACUCUUUUUCUAACUGGACUGUUUGAUGUUUUGUAUGUACAUAUAUAAAAGCACAAUCUAGUUGUGGGGCUAGUUGAAGGAGAAUAAACAUCAAAUGAGUGUGGUCCCUUUUGUAAACACAGGAUAAUGCAGUGAAAGACCAAUUAGAUUUAUCCAAUCAAAAUAGAUUAUGAACAAUAAGUAUGCAUGAAGAAACAUUAAACUUUUAUGAAACAUUUGCUUUAACAUGAACAAUAAUAGUUCAGGCCAAAAACAACUCAUUUUUAUAAAAAAUCUAAUUUUGCUCUCUUAAUAAUAAAAUA